AGAUUCUUAAGUUUUUAGUUUUGUUAAUAAUAAAUCGGUGCAGUGCUCGUCAGUUGUACAAAUUUAAAAUUGUCGCUCACGUAAAUUAUUUGAAGACUAAAAAGAAGUACAUCGAAAAUAUCUUAGAAAAUAAUAUAUUGUUAGUGUCGUUUAAAUAUAACUAUUAAAACAAUAGACCAAAUGGCAAAAGAGGAUGAAGAAGAUAAAUUACCAGAUAAAGAUGCGGCCAAAGGAUUUUAUGCCAAAUAUGAACCGAAAGAGAUAUUAGGACGUGGUAUUAGUUCAACGGUACGGCGUUGUAUUGAAAAAGAAACUGGAAUUGAAUAUGCUGCUAAGAUUAUUGAUUUAAGUAAUGAUGUUAGCAACAAUAAUAUUGAGACACCUUCUAUGUUGGAAGCAACUCGACAAGAAGUACAAAUAUUACGACAUGUAGCUGGACAUCCUUUUAUUAUUGAAUUACAAGAUGUAUUCGAAUCCAAUACAUUUAUAUUUUUGGUAUUUGAAUUAUGUAAACAUGGUGAAUUAUUUGAUUAUUUAACAAAUGUUGUUACAUUAUCUGAGAAAAAGACACGUUUUAUUAUGAGACAAGUAUUUGAGGGUGUAUUACAUAUACAUAAUAAAAAUAUUGUACAUAGAGAUUUAAAACCAGAGAAUAUACUAUUAGAUGAUAAUUUAAAUGUUAAAAUUACUGAUUUUGGUUUUGCUCGACAACUAAAUCCUAAUGAAAAGUUAUAUGAUUUGUGUGGAACACCAGGAUAUUUAGCACCAGAAACAUUAAAAUGUAAUAUGUUUGAAGAUGCACCUGGCUAUGGUUUAGAAGUUGAUGUAUGGGCGUGCGGAGUCAUUAUGUACACUUUAUUAGUUGGUUGUCCACCAUUUUGGCAUCGAAAACAAAUGAUAAUGUUACGAAAUAUUAUGGAAGGAAAUUAUUCAUUUACGUCACCAGAAUGGGCUGAUAUUUCAGAAGCACCAAAGGAUUUAAUUCGUAAACUAUUAGUUGUAAAUCCAAAAGAGCGAUAUACAAUUGCUGAAGCAUUACAACAUCCAUUCUUCCAAACACACUUAUGGGAUCAAGAUAUAGCGCCAUUAAAACGUAGUUUAAGUACACAUUCAAGACGUUUUAGUCGUAUUUCUGAAUUAGCAUUGCAAAUACAAGGACAUAAAUUUAAUGCACGUAAAAAAUUUAAAUGGGCAAUAUUAGUUGUACAAGCAACAGUACGAAUACAACGAAUACGUUAUAUACCAGAACCGUUAUCGAUUGAAAUUGCUAGAGCGGAUCCAUAUCGUAUUAAAAUACUUAGAAAAAUAAUAGAUGGUUGUGCAUUUCGUGUAUAUGGACAUUGGGUGAAGAAAGGCGAAGGACAAAAUCGUGCUGCAUUAUUUGAAAAUGCACCAAAAACAGAAUUAAAACAUAUUUAUAUAACAAAUUUAAGUAGAUAACAUUUAUAAAUUAGGAGAAUUAAUUUAUUUAAACAAACAAAACAAUU